AUGACGAGGGUGGGACAGCUGGAGAAGGGGAAGGGGAAGGCGGGCGGGAAUAGCGUGGGGAGUAAGAACUCUUCGGGAGGGGUUUUGGGGAAAGAAGAAGCUCCCCGGGCGGAUACUUCCCCGUACGGCGAUGGUACUCCAACCAUUGCAGGAAAAGCGCAUACUCCUCCGCUGAUCCCUCACACCCGGGCGUAUCCUGCAGUCCUGUUGGGAUGGUUGCAGAAAAAUGGAGGAGAGAGGAGGGUGAAAAGGAAGCCAAACGUUGGCCCAAAAAAAUAUUGGCGGGAGCCAGCCACAGGAAGAAUGCCGCCAGGACAAAGGUGAGAAGAUAGACACUUCCGCAAUUGUAGCCGCAAUCGGUUUGUUUGGUGUGCUCCAUCUUGGCAGUUAGGUUCGUGUUUGCUCAAAUUGGUUGUUUGGGUUUUUUGGUGGGUUGGUUAGUGGGGGUCCUCGUGAUGGAAUGCAGCGAGGAAGGCGGGCACUACGAUAUUACGCGCGCACGAUCGGUACGCUAGGGCACCGUAUAGGGCAGUACGACACCGAGAUGCUGCACGCUCCCGCCGACAAACGGAGCGCAUAAAAAAUCACUCGAACAGGAAUCACGUUUGAAACGAGUGACUUGAGCUUGCUGGACCACUACCCGCAACCCCCUCCGCACGCACCCCACCGCCACGGAGGGACAACCGCUCUGGAAUGGUCAUGACAACGGGCCCGAGGUAGUCACGGCAAACGAUACCGAAAGCAGAUACCCGGCUCAUCUCCAGGCCUCUCGCGCCCGUCUUGCGAGUUGCCUCCAAUGCAAACGGAGGAGAGGGAUGGGAAGGGGAAUACCGGUAGUGUUGCCGGUAGGCCUAACAGCGGGGCCAAGGGGGCGAAGGGGGGAGGUGCGGGAAUAACAGAUCCUGCUGUGUGUGGGACUCACCCGAGUUUGGGGAGCGCCGAUUGAAGGCAUGCGGAUGCUCGGAGGAGCAACAGCAAGGGACGGAGGAGGAGGGGGCGGCGAUGAAUUGCAUAUGUAUAGCCCAGGGCUAUAAUAAAACAAACGGAGCGCCGCAACAAACUAGACUAGACGGCUAGGGCACGCUAAAACGCGUUACAAUCAAAAAGUAAUAAUGUAUUAGCACAGUACUCGUACAGUACUCGUACAGUACUCGAGUACUGCAUGCGGAAAUCAAGGUGAAACCAAUACAGGCCCUGCGUGAGUGGUGAGGGGUUCCCAGAAAGAAGGAAAAAUCACCUUAUAGCAUAAUUAGCACGAGGGGUGGGGGACAAUGGGGGGAGGAUGCGACAAUUGAAUUCCGUUCCAGUCCAAACGCACCCCGCUAUGCACCACCUCCCACGCGCGAUUUACCCGUUUCCUUUCGAUUUACAAUAAGGCGGACAAUGAUGUCGGUGGAGUGGGCCUCGGAAAGAAGCGAUUGGCCCGGAUGGUUGGGUGGAUAAGAAAUUAUUGUACCGCAGUCUAACCGGAGCGUACAAGAGCAGAGUAAUAUAAUCAAUGCGGUGCAUGAUAGGGCAUCUUCAUCGUGGCGAAGUUGCAUGUGUAGGUGAUAUCAGCUUUCCUCCUCCUCCUGGAGGGGGAGGUGCAGUGAAGUGGCGGAAAUAUCAUAGUAGGGUGAGGUGGGAGGUAAUGUAUCAUAGGGAUACUGGUGCGCCUUUGGUUUCUUACUGAUGUCAUUGAUUGGUGGGAGGAGGCGGAGGAGGAAGAGGAAGAAGAGAUGAGGGGGAUGGCGAGGUUUGCGAAUCUAGAUAGCGGGGUGAUGGACACCCGUCAAUCGAACUGUUUGUAUGGACCACACAGAUAAUGGGAAUUUGUUUGUUUUG